GAUCCUCCAAUAUCCGUGGCGCAUCCCUGUUCCAGCACGUGUAUCAUCGUCCCUCAAAACCCAACCGCCGAAGCACAAUCUAGCACCAUUUCGACUCUGUUUCUGGGUGUUGGGCAAAAAAGAAACAAGAGAAAAUUAAAGGGAUGGCGAAGGAAAUGGUGCACGUUGAGAGUGGCGGCGGGAAUGUGAAGAAGAGAAUGAUGAAGAGGAGGAGGAAGAAGAAAAACAUUCACAAAGUGAUCGAUUAUCUGUUAUCUGAUUGCUACUUGUUUGCUCCUCUAAUUUCUCCUUCACCCUUCAAUUCUUAUCGCGCACCCAGAAAAGGUUCAUCCUUCAUCUCAGAUAUCGAAAUUAGGGAACGCCCAAAAGAUCAUCGGAGUUUUCUCAAGAAGAUGGUGGAUUAUUUGAAAUCCGAUUGCUACAUGUAUGCUUCUCUCGUUGCACCCCAAUCCUUCAAAGGGCGUGCUGGGUAUGUAAAAAGGGUAGUAACUACGGAAGUGUCGGCGAGAAGAUUAAUUCUCAGAGGGGACGAAGUUAUGAGUGAAUCCGCUGCGAACAUGACUAAAGAGAGGAGAAUUUGCAGCACCGAUUUAAUGGAAGCGGAGGUUGUUAUGGAUCAACCAAAUGCGACAAGAAAGGAGCCACCUUUCUCACUUCACAUGCCUGCCACUCGAUGCUCUGUUCGCAAUCAAAACACGCCUCGGCCUAUUCGUAUGGCUUCAUAAUGGACCCUCUCCCCUGUAUUUGAUAAUAUGUUUCAGUUUGACUCUAAUAAUAAGUCUAUAAAGUGUUGAAUAUAUAUAGUUUUGAGGUUUAAUUAUGAAUGGCAUGAUACAUGGAGGGUUCUGUUUUUUGGUGUGUCAGAAAUUGAGGCUUCAUGUACCAUUACUGACACCCAACUCUGUUAAAGAAGAGGCGCAAAUCACGGGCUGUCAUUACCUUCUAUCUUCUUCCACUAAUCUUCCUCUAUACAUAUUCUAAAAAAAUUAACAUUUUUUUGGGGUAUAGGGUUUGGUGGUGGGACAUGAACUCCAUGUGCUUGCAUGUGCUAUGUCUCUCUCUAAAUGCCCCACCUUGCCCUGCUUUAACCACAUAAAUUCGUUUCUGCACAUUCUUCUGUUUCUCAUGCUUCCCUCUUCAUUUCUCUCUCAAUUUUACACUUUUCAUCACUUUUUCUCAGAAUGCGCAAUCCCAGUUGUUUAAAACGAGAAUUCUUGAAGAAAUGGAUGAUGGGUCUUGAAAUAUACACAACCUCCAACAAAAACAUGACGGUCACCCAGAGAAAAAACGCCAUAAAAUUAUCCGCAGAUAUAGCCUUGGCCUCCUCCAGAAACUGCGCCACUCGGUGGAGUCAAGCGCUCAUCGCCGCCACCUCCGUUGACGACGGAAGCCGCCUCGUGGCCGAUGUCCUUCUGGGCCGGACUAUUAACCCCAAAAUUACGCGAAUUAUGUGGAGUAGUGGGAAGAUUGUCAAAAGAAGCCGCCGCGUGCAGCGGAUGAGAAGAAAAUGUAAGAAGCCGGCGGCGGAGUUGAUUGCGAAGAAGUUGGUGCGGAAAAGAAGGAAAGUUCUUCGGGGAUUGGUUCCGGGAGGUGAAUUUAUGGAUGAAAUUUCAUUGAUAGAAGAAACCCUAGACUACAUAUCCGCGCUUCAAGCUCAAGUGGAUGUAAUGCGAUGCCUUGCGACUGCAUACAUAGCAUCAUCAUCAUGAAUACCCAAACAUAAUUAUAAUCAAACCCCCUUUUUGUUUUGCACAUAUAUGUAGAGCUAAAUUUGAGGUUAAUGUUAGUGAUAGUUUGGGAUCAUUUUGUGAGUUUUAUGUACAUAAUAAAUGUUUAUGUAAGUUAAGACAAAUAUGAAUUUGUUUGGUUCAAAGUUUGAAGCAUUUAUUUGUGUAUUGAAUGUGGCGUG